GAACGCACCUCUCUGCCCCUCGACAGUGUCGGUCGCGGUUUAGUCUCUGGCUGCUCGCGCUCUCAUUGUUUGACCCAAACACCAACCACCGUCUACUUCCUGGAGAGAUGCUGGUUCCUCUGUUCGACUAAUGUUGUUUUCUUCGUGAUCGCCUCGCAGCUCGUCUCUUUUGGCUUUAAAACCCAGGCGCGUCGCUAGCAUCGAGCCAGCUAGCUUGCUAACCAGUCGGGAAAAAUGAACUCCAGCACUCACGUCAUUCAGGUGACUAAUGUCUCCCCGAGCACGACGUCCGAGCAGAUGAGGACUCUGUUCGGCUUCCUCGGGAACAUAGAGGAGCUCAAACUGUUCCCUCCCGAUGACUCUCCCUUGCCUGUGACUUCACGUGUCUGUUUUGUAAAGUUCCUUGAGUCUGAAUCGGUGGGAGUUUCUCAACACCUGACGAACACCGUCUUCGUGGACCGAGCCUUGAUCGUGGUCCCUUUCGCUGAAGGAGUCAUUCCUGAUGAAUCUAAAGCUAUGUCGCUGCUGGCUCCAGCCAAUGCUGUGGCAGGAAUGAUGCCUGGUGGAGGCCUUCUCCCAACACCCAAUCCUCUGGCAUCAAUGGGCGGGACGCCAUUCGGAGGUCUGGGAGCUCCCAACAUGGAGCAAAUGGCUGCCAUGGGAAUGCAGGGACCAAACAUGAACCCCCAGGCUCUUUCUGCAGACUUUCUGAAGCUCAUGCAGUCCAUGGACCCCAAAUUGAAUUCCUUAGCGGCCGGACUGAACUUGAAUCCAGGGCUGAAGAGUGACGCCUCCAACAAGGAGAUUGAAGAGGCUAUGAAGAGAGUCCGAGAAGCCCAGUCUCUCAUUUCUGCAGCCAUUGAACCCGGGAAUAAGAAAGAUGACAAGCGUAAACAUUCCCGCUCCCGUUCACGGUCUCGGCGCAGACGGUCCAGAUCUCGAUCAAGACACAGGCGUUCAAAGAGCCGGUCUCGGCGAAGGUCCCAUUCUCGGAGUAGGAGGAGGUCCAAGAGCCCACGAAGGAGGAGGUCCCACUCGCGGGAGAGGACCCGCCGCAGUCGAUCGAGGGACAGGAGAAAGGAGGAAAAGUCUAAGAAAAGGUCCAAAACACCUCCUAAGAGCUACAGCAGUGCCAGGAGAUCUCGAAGCAUCAGCCGGAGACAUAGGCGAAGCCGCACUGCGUCUCGAUCCCCCAAGAGGAAGGUGUCCCGGUCUCCAUCACCCAGACGUCACAAGAAAGAGAAGAAGAAGGACAAGGAGCGAGAGAAGGAGCGGGACAGAGACAGGAGGGAGGACAGGGACCGCAGCAGAGACGAAAGAGAACGUUCCACCAGUAAAAAGAAGAAGAGCAAAGACAAGGAACGAGACCGAGAACGCAAGUCUGACAGCGAGAAAGGAGACGUCAAGGUGACCCGGGAUUAUGACGAGGAGGAACAAGGUUACGACAGCGAAAAGGAAGUGGAGGAGGAUGACGACGAGAGGAAGAGCGACUCCGACUCGGUCUCGUCUCCCAAAGGCCGAGAGGAGAUGGAGCGGUCCGAGGGCCAAAUUCCCAAAAAGUCCAAACUGAACGGAGACGAUCACCAUCAGGAAGACAUGGAGAUGAGUGAUUAAAAACAUCCCCCGAGAGUGAACAUGGCAACGUUAUCUUUCCACUGUCCUUUUAUAUUUUUAAUAUCAGCCACAACAUGUCUGUGCCUGAUCACACGGUUAAAAAGAUUAGUUGUCUUAACUGUAGAAGCCUUGGGGAGGGAGGGGUGUCGAGGAAAACAGUCCAUUCAUUUUUGUAAAGACGUGAGAAAACGAGGACUAAAAUAUGAAUAACACGAGACCUGUUUUUAAAUUGUCAUCGAUGUACUUUUUUAAGAUCCUGUUGAUUUUUGCUUUGAGUUCAGAUGUUGUCUUCCUGACAGUAGAAUACGCAGCGUUUUCCUCUGAACGGCUGCAUUUGUAAAUAUUUUACUGGUCAGGACGGAAUCUUUCCCUUAGACUGUUAGUGACGCUGCACCAGCUUCCUGUUUCUUUUAUUUUCCUCUUUGGUUGCGGAACCAUUUUUGCUUCAAAUGUAAUGCACCCAGUCGUUGUCCAGCUGACCUUCCUAUUUACAGCGCUUUGUAAUUGUACACUGUAGACUGAAAUAUGUUGCAAUGAAAUACUUUGUCUGAAAUAGGUUUUCCAAAGGAAACAAAUAAAAUCGGAUCCUACUGUC